AUGUAUCACUAUUCCAGCCCGCCGCCGGGGUGGACCGCCAACGACUACACUCAGUCGCCCCCGACUUCGCCACACUACGCCUAUUACGCCUCCCAGUACGCCAACACCUACACGUCUCCACGUGGCACGUCGCGACGACACAACCGCAAAGCCAGUUAUACGGCCACGAAGGAACCUGCAUGGCACUCCGGCUACCCGCAGCCUUACUACGAGGCCACGCCAGAGUAUGGCAUCCCGCGCAAGCACGAUCAUGUAAGUGCUUCUUUUGCGGGACCUAACCAUCGUCGCACCCACACCACCGGUCAUCCUGCGGGGGAUGGCCUCGGCUUCGGAUUCGAUUUCUACCUGUCGCAAUCGCAGCAGCAACCCUUCUUUGAGGUGGUCAAUGAUGCAUGCGGUGGUCAAUGCCACGCUUUUCGUGAGCCGAAGCAGCAGCAGCAGAAGCAGCAGCCGAAGCAGCAUAAGCAACAGCAGCGACCACCGCAGGCCCAAUCGUCCCGUCCUGGCCAUCCCCCAGCUGCGCACUCGUCUAAACGAGAUGGCCAACGUCGCACCGCGUCGCACUCUCACCGCAAACCAGCUGCUGAUUCUCACUUUUACUUCACCCAGGCUCCUAAUGGCGAGGAUCUCGAAUCAGCAGCCCGUCGCUUUCGUGCGCGCCGCCAAUCUACAUCCACCCGUACUCCGAAACCGAAACCGCCUCCAGCAGCGAAACCGCCACCUGUCGCCACCGAAGAGGAUGCCGAGCGCGCUGGCAUCCCGCCUGGGUACUCGAUCAAGAACUGGGAUCCGACUGAGGUUCCAAUCAUUCUCCUCGGCAGCGUGUUCGACGCCAACUCCCUCGGCAAGUGGAUUUACGACUGGACCGUCUUUUGUCACGGCGCCUCGACUCCGAUGGCUGACGUGGCCGGCGAUUUGUGGCUCCUCCUGAUUAAGUUGGCCGGCAAGGUCAAACGAGCCGACGAAUGUCUCCCACGCAUCCAACGACCCGAUUCGCGGGAAAUUGUAGAUGAUUUCUUGGAAAGUGGCGAUCGUCUUUGGGUGAAAUUCAAAAAGCUGCUCAAAGCCUGCGAAAUGUUCAUGUGGAAGGCCGCUAAGCGAGAAAGCAGAAAAGGAGGGCCCGUGUCGAUGGGUCGCAAUGCCGGCUGCGAAUUUGUCGAAUCCAUCUUUGGCCGUGAUCGCGAGCUAGAGAACACCGAGGAGUUGAUGAAUGGCAUUCGCCUAUGGAAUAUGCGCUUUGAUGCCAACUGCGAAGAGAUCCUUCGCCGCCCAUCAGCGAAAUAG